AUGAUGAACUUCCACGACGUCCACACCCUUCAGCAGGCGCUGGACAUCGCCCCGCCGCCUCGUCUUUGCAUGGCACAAGAUCGUGCGGAGCACGCUGAGCGGCAGCGCCGCCUCCUCGUCGCCCAUGAGGACGAGCGGACCAUGGCGGAGUGGCACCGGCGCCACCCGGAGGACGUCACCUACGAGCAAGCCUACUGGGCAAGGCGCCGUGAGGAGGACACGCAAAGGCGCCGCGACGAGCGGUUGGAUAGGCGUCGGCGAAAGGCUCUGGUGAUAUCGCAGUGCGACAACGUUCAAAAUGGUGGGCAGUCGAUCUUUUCAGCUGAUGAUGACCGUUGGUUGGACAUGUGGAUCGAUACCUCAGACCAGACCAGCGAGGAUAGCGACAAUGACGAUGAGGACGACGACUGGGAGUAG